AUGGCGUCCGAGUCGUCACCAGAUGUGCCCAAGGGCAGGAAGAGGUUCAUUCCUCUGGAAAACAAUCCCGAUGUCAUGUCCGCUCUCGUCCACAAGCUCGGUCUGUCGGAGAAGCUUGCAUUCCACGAUGUCUUUAGCAUAGACGAGCCCGAGCUACUUGCUUUCGUACCUCGACCUGCUCAUGCCCUCCUCCUCGUCUUCCCUGUCAGCAAGACAUACGAGACAUUUCGCAUGCAGGAAGACAAGGACAAGCCGGAAUACCAGGGACAUGGCCCAGAGGAGGAGGUCAUCUGGUAUAAGCAGACUAUUGGAAAUGCUUGUGGUCUAAUCGGAUUACUUCACGGUGUCUCCAACGGUUCCGCCCGUGCACACAUCAAACCCGACUCGAAUCUGGCCAAGCUAGUCAACGACGCGAUACCCCUCAAACCUGUCGAACGAGCCGACCUCCUCUACGAAUCUGAAGCUCUCGAGAGCGCACAUCAAAGCGCUGCGUCGGGUGGUGAUACUGCUGCGCCUGAGGCCGAUUCCGACGUCGACCUACAUUACGUUUGCUUUAUCAAGUCGGACAAGAACCAUCUGUGGGAGCUUGACGGUCGGCGGAAAGGUCCCCUUGACCGCGGUGCGCUGGGUCCAGACGAGGAUGUCCUGAGCGAAAAGGCUCUUGACCUGGGCGUACGUAGCUUCCUCAAGCGCGAGGCUGAGGCCGGCGGAGGCGAGCUGCGUUUCAGUCUGAUUACACUUGCCGAGUCGUUCUAG